GUGUGCGUGAGCUGAUGUGGAUGUGAAUUCAGCAGCAUGGAUCAGUGUGAGGACAGAGAGGAGGGAGUCCCUCCAUCUAAAACCACUCUGUGUGGGGAAUAUGAGAGCCAGACCAAAGAUCAGAGGAACCAACCUGGACCUCCACCCAGCUGUGUGUCCUUAAAGGGUGACAAAGUGAAGGAUAUCAUCAAGAAAUUUGAACCAACACGACCAUUUCAGAAAAAGUCAGAGAUGGAGAAGGCCUUACCAGUGCAGCUGCUGGAAAUGCUGAAGAAAAUGGGAGAGGAGGAGCUGAAGCUUUUCCACUUUUACCUGCAGUAUGAACCUGGAGAUGACUCCCCCAAACUCUAUAAGUACCAGCUGGAGAAUGCAGACAGACUGAAAACAGCAGAAGUGAUGGUGCAGGCAUAUUCAGACCGUGUGAUGGAGGUGGCGAGGUUGAUUUUAGAGAAGAUGAAUGAAGGAAGUCCCCCAGCCCAGGAAGCUUCAACAGUUUCAUCAGAAGAGGAUCUUCAAAGCUGUCAGUUUAAACUCAAAUCUAACCUGAAGAGGAAGUUCCAGUGUGUGUUUGAGGGAGUUGCUAAAGCAGGAAACCCAACGCUUCUGAAUCAGAUCCACACAGAGCUCUUCAUCACAGAGGGAGGGACUGCAGAGGUCAAUGAUGAACAUGAGGUCAGACAGAUUGAAACAGCUUCCAAGAAACCUGACAGACCAGAAACAACAAUCAGACAAGAAGACAUCUUUAAAGCCUCACCUGGAAGGCAUGAACCAAUCAGAACAGUGCUGACAAAGGGAGUGACUGGUAUUGGGAAAACAAUCUUAAUACAAAAGUUCACUCUGGACUGGGCUGAAGACAAAGCCAACCAGGACAUCGAGUUCAUAUUUCCAUUCACUUUCAGAGAGCUGAAUGUGCUGAAAGAGGAAAAGUUCAGCUUGGUGGAACUUGUUCAUCACUUCUUUACUGAAACCAAAAAAGCAGGAAUCUGCAGCUUUGAAGACUUCCAAGUCGUGUUCAUCUUUGAUGGUCUAGAUGAGUCUCGUAUUCCUCUGGACUUCCACAAAACUACAAUCCUAACUGACCCUAGAAAGUCCACCUCAGUGAACGUGCUGCUGACAAACCUCAUCAGGGGGUACCUGCUUCCCUCUGCUCGCAUCUGGAUAACCACACGACCUGCAGCAGCCAGUCAGAUCCCUCAUGACUAUAUUGGCAUGGUGACAGAGGUCAGAGGAUUUGCUGACCCACAGAAGGAGGAUUACUUCAGGAAGAGAUCCAGAGAUGAGGAGCAGGCCAGCAGGAUCAUCUCCCACAUCAAGACAUCACGAAGCCUCCACAUCAUGUGCUACAUCCCAGUCUUCUGCUGGAUCACUGCUACAGUUCUGGAGGAUGUGCUGCAAAGAGAGAAAGGAGCCCUGCCCAAGACCCUGACUGAGAUGUACAUACACUUCCUGGUGGUUCAGGCCAAAGUGAAAAAAGUCAAGUAUGAUGAUGGAACUGAGACAGAUCCACACUGGAGUCCAGAGAGCAGGAAGAUGAUUGACUCUCUGGGAAAAUUGGCUUUUGAUCAGCUGCAGAAAGGAAACCCGAUCUUCUAUGAAUCGGACCUGGCAGAGUGUGGCAUUGAUAUCAGAGCAGCCUCAGUGUACUCAGGAGUGUUCACACAGAUCUUCAAAGAGGAGAGAGGGCUGUACCAGAAUAAAGUGUUCUGCUUUGUCCACCUGAGUGUUCAGGAAUUUCUGGCUGCAGUUCAUGUCUAUCUGACCUUCAUCAACUCUGGAGUCAAUCUGCUGGAUGAAAAAAAAUCUCACUUAUCUAGAGUCUUUCAAAUAAAAUCCAAAUUAAGUUUAUUCUACCAGAAAGCUGUGAAAAAGGCCUUAAAGAGUCCAAAUGGACACCUGGACUUGUUUCUCCGUUUCCUCCUGGGUCUUUCAUUGCAGACCAACCAAAGUCUUCUACAAGGUCUGCUGACACAGGCAGAAAGUAACACACAGACCAAUCAGGAAACUGUCCAGUACAUCAAGAAGAAGAUCUGUAGCAAUCUGUCUACAGAGAAAAGGAUCAAUCUGUUCUACUGUCUGAAUGAACUGAAUGAUCAUUCUCUAGUGGAGGAGAUCCAACAGUCCCUGAGAUCAGGAAGUCUCUCUACAGAUAAACUGUCUCCUGCUCAGUGGUCAGCUCUGGUCUUCAUCUUACUGUCAUCAGAAAAAGAUCUGGAUGUGUUUGACUUGAAAAAAUACUCUGCUUCAGAGGAGGCUCUUCUGAGGCUCCUACCAGUGGUCAAAGCUUCCAACAAAGCUCUGCUGACUCACUGUAACCUCUCAGAAAGAGGUUAUAACGCUCUGUUCUCAGUUCUCAGCUCCCAGACCUGCAGUAUGAGAGAGCUGGACCUGAGUAACAACAACCUAGAGGAUUCAGGAGUGAAGAUUCUGUCUUCUGGACUGGAAAGCCCAAACUGUACACUGAAUACUCUGAGACUGACUCACUGUAACAUCUCAGAGAAAGGUUUUGAAGCUCUGUUCUCAGUCCUCAGCUCCCCGUCCUCUCCUAUGAGAGAGCUUGACGUGAGUAACAACAAUCUGCUGGAUUUAGGAGUGAAACUUCUUUCUUCUGGACUGCAGAGUCCACAUUGUACAUUAAAUACACUGAGGAUGAGUCAGUGUAACCUCUCAGAGAGAAACUGUGAAGCUCUGUCCUCACUUAUCGGCUCCCAAUCAUCUAAUCUGAGAGAGCUGGACUUGAAUAACAAUGACCUGCAGGAUUCAGGAGUAAAGAUUCUGUCUGUUGGAGUCAAGAGUCCACACAGUGAACUGGAAACUCUCAGACUGAAUUACUGUGACUUGUCAGAGAGAAGCUGUGAAGCUCUGUCCACAGUUCUAAGUUCCCAGUCCUCUAGUCUGAGAGAGCUGGACCUGGGUAACAAUGACCUGCAUGAUUCAGGAGUGAAACUGCUGUCUGCUGGAUUAAAGAGUCCACACAGUGAACUGGAAACUCUGAGUCUGUCAGGCUGUCUGAUCACAGAGGAAGGCUGUACUUACCUGGUUUCAGCUCUGAGCCCAAACCCCUCCCAUCUGAGAGAGUUGGACCUGAGCUACAAUCAUCCAGGUGAAUCAGGGUUGAGGAUAUUGUCAGCUGGACUGAAGGAUCCACACUGGAGACUGGACACUCUCAGGGUGGAGCCUGCUGGAGUCCAAUGGUUGAGACCAGGGCUGAGGAAGUAUUCCUGUCAACUCACAAUCGACACAAACACAGUGAACACAAACCUCAAACUGUCUGACAACAGGAAGGUAAAAAAUGUGGUGAAGGUUCAGCCAUAUCCUGAUCAUCCAGACAGAUUUGACGUUCAUCCUCAGUUGCUGUGUAGAAAUGGUCUGACUGGUCGCUGUUACUGGGAGGUCGAGUGGAGAGGAAGAGUUUAUAUAUCAGUGAGUUACAGAAGAAUCAGAAGGAAAGGAGACAGUUAUGACUGUGUGUUUGGAAAAAAUGAUCAGUCCUGGAGUCUGAUUUGUUAUAAGGAUGGUCCUCGGUAUGUCAGGCACAAUAACAUACACACAUGCAUCUCCUCCUCCUCCUCCUCCUCCUCUGUCUCUAACAGAGUAGCAGUGUAUGUGGACUGUCCUGCUGGCACUCUGUCCUUCUACAGAGUCUCCUCUGACACUCUGAUCCACCUCCACACCUUCAACACCACAUUCACUGAACCUAUUUAUCCUGGAUUUGGACUCUGGACUACUUUAAAGGGAUUAGAAAUCCAGUAUGGUGCCUCAGUGUGUCUGUGCUGAGUUGAGUGUAAAGAGUGUCCUCCUGUUAGAGAAACACUUUGACUGUUGAACAGAUAGUUCAGUCUGUACAUGUCUGUCUGUUUCACUCAGAAACACAUUUUCAGAUUCAUGGAUUCAAUCAGUUGAUGUUUUAAACUGUUCUAAAUGAAUGAAAGGAAUUUGGUAAUUGACAUUACAUUUGUAUUGAUGUAUAAUUUUUAUAAGCUGUUUCAUUGUUAUGAUUUCAGCUCUGAAUUUUAUAAAACUCUGCAUCCAAAACAAAGAGAAAUUGAUGACAGAUGUGUUUAUGUUCACAAAGGAAAAUUAGCCCCCAAAAAGACUUUUACACAACCUUCUGUAUUUUGGAGCAUAGAUCGCUCAGUUUACAAAGUGAUUUUUGAUGUCAGUCUGUUUUUUGUGAUGACACGCCAAUAAUUUCUAUCAU